AAGGCGAUCAGUGAAUCCUCAAUAUAAUCGUCAUAGUAUACGAAAGUAGAUCCAUACUGGCUUAAAGGCAGUGAGUGGCCGCAGAAUCAGCACCUGUAUAACUACCCAAGGACAGUGAAAAGGGCGCGUUUGAGCAAACGUAGUUGGCCUGUAGUACAGAUAUUUAUAUAUGGUAUUUACAAAAGACUUGUCGACACAUAACCGGUAUUGGAUCUCGAGAGAUCCGUUUUCUAGCAAAGGCGGCUAAAGUGAAACUAGUGUCUUCUGAUGUACAGGUGAGCUGGAGGGUUCAGUCAAGCCUGGCAGCGUCUGUUACACAGUGGAAAGGGAGACAGUUAAGUGCAGAGCACAGCUUGUUCGAUCGCAUUACCUGAAACUAUCAUGUACAGGGGCUAACUAAGGUGUUAGGUGAACAGGUGAGAGAAAGGUGAAAUGUUUUACCGUUAUCUGGAAGAAGAGGGUAGGGAUUACAAGACCCUCAGGGCCGAAUUGGAGAGCCGUGGUGGGUCUCUGUAUGAAGACCCAGACUUUCCUGCCAAUGCCAGGUCUCUCUACUACAAAGGCACCGCCUCGCUUGACAUCGUCUGGAGGAGACCGAAGGAACUGGUUUCGAACCCCGUCUUUAUCAAUGAGAGCGCUACGCAUUAUGAUGUCCAGCAGGGAGAACUGGGUGACUGUUGGUUUCUGGCAGGAGCGGCCACGAUCGCCGCCACAAACCAAAGACUCCUCAGGCGGGUGGUGCCCUUCGACCAGAGCUUUGGGCGUGGCUAUGUCGGACUGUUCCGGUUUAACUUUUGGACAUACGACAGAUGGACUGAGGUAACCGUGGACGAUCGGCUUCCCACGUACAGGGGGCGAAACUUGAUCUAUGGCCGCAACCUCGACCAGCCCAACGAAUUCUGGACGGCGCUGCUGGAGAAGGCUUAUGCCAAAUUAUAUGGAUGUUACGAAGCCAUCAGUGGUGGACGAGUCCACGACGCCUUUGUGGACAUGACAGGGGGUAUAUCGGAGCUGAUCGACAUGACAGAGAAAGACAAGAAACCUAAUCCAGAUAACUUGUACACCAUCCUCAGUCGGACUUUCAACAUGAACUCGCUCAUAGCCGGAGCCAUAUUUAAAACAAGAGCUGGUCCAAGAGAAAUAAAGUUACCAAAUGGUUUGUACGAGGGUCAUGCUUACAGUAUCACGAAGCUGGCAUUGAUUGAAAGAGGUGGCGUCAAGUACAAACUGGUGAGAAUAAGGAACCCGUGGGGGAAGGGCGAGUGGAAUGGGGCAUGGAGUGACCGAUCAAGCCAGUGGAGAAUGCUGUCGACUGAAGACAAACGAAAAGUUGGCCUCGUGGUUGACAAUGAAGGAGAGUUCUGGAUGACAGUACAUGACAUGGUGGCAAACUUCAGCGAGAUGGAGUUUACCCAUCUAAUUCCCGACGCCUUGACCGCCGAGGUGGCCGUGGACAUGAAAAAGAAACAGUGGGAGACGUCGAUAUUUAAGGACGCCUGGGUGCGCGGUGUGUCAGCCGGUGGGUGUGGCAACCCGCCCUAUCAAGCUUUGUACUGGAAAAACCCACAGUUCCGGCUACACCUGGACCCGGACACAAACGGAAGCACUGUCGUCGUGUCCUUACUCGAGGUGCAGAAAGACAGGAGUAAGAAGAUCAACAUUGGAUUUGAUAUUUACCAGCUGCGCCCGGGAGCCCGGGAGGAACCCCUGAGGGAGAACUACGAGCGCAGCGCCCUCAUCCUGAAGAAAUCCUCAGGUUUAUACUCGGCCUACAGAGAAAAGACUAUCCGCUUCGAGCUCGACCCUGGCAAAUACGUCAUCAUUCCGUCCACAUUCAAACCCUACGCCGAAUCUGAAUUCUUACUUCGCAUAUUUGCCGAGAAGAAAACAGACAGCGUGCCUCUAGAUUCACCGACCGGACCACUUGAGUCUGACGGAGAAGACCCCAAUGACGUCGUGUUCAAACUGUUCACCCGUUACGUCGGCAACAAGGGACUGGCGGACCCGUACGAUAUCAGGGACAUUCUCAGCGAGGCCAAGAAAAAAUUAUGGGGCCAGAGCGAUGGGUUCUCGCUGGAAACAUGUCGUAGUUUGCUCACCUCUAAUGAUAUGAAGAGAAAAGAGGGUGUGGUCGAUUUGGUGACCGUCAAGAAGAUCUGGGACGACCUCAAAGUCUGGAAGGAGGCUUUCCGGGCGUUUGACAGGGACAAAUCGGGGUCUAUCGAUACCUACGAGCUGAACGAAGUUUACAAGUUAAUAGGGUUGUCGGUGAGCCGUCGUGUACUCAAGUCCAUCGUCCGACGUUACGGCGGCAGGGUGGGUAGGAUGGAAUUCGAGGACUUCGUACUCAGCUCUUCACGACUCGUCGCUAUGUACAGAGCAUUCAAGUUUUUUGCUGACAGCGGCUCCAAAGCAACUCUAGACGCCAACGAGUGGCUGGAGACAACUAUGUAUCAAUGAGGACAACAACAACUGACGAUCAGCUACAAACGAGUGCAUGGAUAAUCUCUAUGCAUAAUGAGGACAUCUGGACAACAGCCUCAGUGCGCAAUCCAGUUGUGGAUAGAGGAAC